CAUUCAUUAUUUCAUUUCCACGCCAACCAUCGUGCGCCGCAGUUCGAACGCUCCUGCCUCAGUGAAAAGAAAAGCCAGGAAAAUCGAAAAACAAAAAGCAAAUCUCGUGCCUGGUGUGCUCUUUCUGUAAUUGAUUUUUUUUUCGAAAGUAGUGCGAAACCUUACCGUUGAGUUGACUAAACAAACUACAACUGGAAGCUACUACAGCUAUUGGCCGAAUCUCAUCUUAAACCGAACGAAAUACGGCAGCCACGACGACGCCAGCGUUUAUUUAUUAACAAAAACGAUUACAAAAACAUUACAACAAACACCAAAGUCCUGGACCACCGGAGAGUGUGUGAAAGUGAAAGAGAGUGAGAGAGAGAGUGCAAGGAGGAGCGCCGUAAGUGCGCGCGCGCAAGGAUUUCAGAUUCCGCAAAGAACUUAGCAACUUAAUUCACUUUGCUUACCACCCAAACAGCAACAGCCACCAAUUACCUCCCCAAAAUAAGAAAACACACUCUCGCUCUCUAAACCAAAAAACAAUGGACUUUAUGAUGGCAAAUACCGGAGCUGGCGGCGGAGUGGAGACUCAGACGCAGCUAAUGCAGAGUGCAGCGGCAGCCGCUGCGGUGGCGGCCACAAAUGCGUCCGCUGCUCCAGUACAGAAUGCGGCCGCAGUGGCCGCAGCAGCCCAGUUGCAGCAACAACAGGUGCAGCAAGCGAUCCUGCAGGUGCAGCAACAACAGACACAGCAGGCGGUGGCCGCGGCUGCUGCCGCGGUUUCCCAGCAGCUCCAACAGCAGCAGCAGGCCGUCGUGGCCCAACAGGCGGUGGUGCAGCAGCAAGCAGCGUCAGUGGUACAGCAAGCUGCGGUCCAACAGGCCGUAGUGCCUCAGCCACAGCAGGCUCAGCCCAAUACCAAUGGCAAUGCCGGAUCGGCCGCCCAAAAUGGCAGCAACGGCAGCACGGAGACGCGCACAAAUCUUAUUGUCAACUAUUUGCCGCAAACAAUGACAGAGGACGAGAUACGUUCGCUCUUUUCCAGCGUCGGAGAGAUUGAAUCAGUGAAGCUGAUACGCGACAAGUCGCAGGUCUACAUCGAUCCACUCAAUCCACAAGCGCCCAGCAAGGGCCAGAGUCUGGGAUACGGCUUCGUGAAUUACGUCCGGCCGCAGGAUGCCGAGCAGGCUGUCAAUGUGUUGAAUGGUCUGCGAUUGCAGAACAAGACUAUCAAGGUGUCGUUCGCCCGGCCAUCUUCGGAUGCCAUCAAGGGCGCCAAUCUGUAUGUGUCGGGGCUGCCGAAGACGAUGACCCAGCAGGAACUGGAGGCCAUCUUCGCGCCAUUCGGAGCUAUAAUCACAUCGCGCAUUUUACAGAACGCUGGCAACGAUACGCAGACCAAGGGCGUGGGCUUCAUUCGAUUUGAUAAGCGAGAGGAGGCCACAAGGGCUAUCAUUGCCUUGAACGGCACCACACCAUCCAGCUGCACGGACCCCAUUGUGGUUAAGUUCUCCAACACACCUGGCAGCACCAGUAAGAUCAUCCAGCCGCAGUUGCCCGCUUUCCUCAAUCCUCAGCUGGUGCGACGCAUCGGCGGCGCCAUGCACACGCCAGUUAACAAGGGACUGGCCCGGUUUUCGCCAAUGGCUGGUGACAUGCUGGAUGUUAUGCUUCCCAAUGGACUGGGCGCGGCGGCGGCGGCGGCAACAACGCUGGCAAGCGGUCCAGGCGGUGCGUAUCCCAUUUUUAUCUACAAUCUGGCGCCAGAAACGGAGGAGGCAGCCCUGUGGCAGCUAUUUGGUCCCUUUGGGGCUGUGCAAUCGGUCAAGAUAGUCAAGGACCCCUCAACGAACCAGUGCAAGGGCUAUGGCUUCGUCUCAAUGACCAACUACGAUGAGGCGGCCAUGGCCAUCCGGGCGCUUAACGGCUACACCAUGGGCAAUCGAGUGCUGCAGGUCAGCUUUAAGACCAACAAAGCCAAGUAGAGCGGCCCACGUGGAAAUGGAUAACGAUGCAGCAGCACCCCCCUCGAAACCAUUAUCCUGAAUCUAAACAUCCUGACACUCACACACACACCAACACACCAACACACACACACACAACAAACAUAUAUAAAUAUGCAUGGUAUAACGGUAACUAAGCGCAACAAAACAGUAUGUGUAAAACACACACGAACAAAAACAAACAAGAAAGUAACAGGCAGGAGAAAGUACUCCCUCUCUCUCUAAAUGAGACGACACAACGAAACGGCGAAGACCUCUCCCCAAAAAGCCCUUUUUUAACUACAUAAAUACCCCAAAUCCAAUCCCCAAAACCGCCGGCCAAAGCGUUGCAAUAGCAAAAUUCUUCUUGUUUAGCAUUUAAGUAACAAAUCAUAAACUAAACGAAACAAGCGAAAGAAAGAAGCUGCCUGAAGUUAUAAAAGAGAUUUAGAUUGAGGCAAGUAGAUGAGUAGGGAGGCAGGAGACAGGAGGCAGGAGGCAGUGGAGUGAGAAUUAAAAUGAGAUUAUAAGGAUAAAUUGCAAUAUGAAGAACACAAACACACUCUGACAGCUGUGGAAGAGUCAAAGUCAAAGUCAAAGGUUGCCGCAGUCAAAUUAGUCGCAAAGCAAAACAAAGAAAUCAACCGAACACACAAAAAUACACAAAAACUAAGACAAAUUUAACUUUACUAGCAAAAAGAAAAUGAGAAAUUUUAAAAAUUUAUUAACCUUAAGUAAAACGCAGCAAUGAAAUCUUCCAAACAAAUUAAAACCAAAAACAAAAACGAAAAACGAAAACAAGAAAUCUGUUAGUUACACUCCAACUUUUUCUACCAUAAAAACUUUGAAACUUGAUACUAAAAAAGCGAAAAAACGAAAAUCCAAAACAGAGUUAAGAGUUUAGCGGAGUUCAGUGUCUAGGAUUUACAUAUAUAUAUGUGGUGGUUAUAGGACAUCAGUUUGGCUUGAUCGCAAGAGGGCGGGACAAUGAAAAAAGGACCGCCUGAAUAUAAUAGAUAUAUAUACAUAACAUGGAGGCUGCUACAGUAUUACAAGAAACAUAAAAACAAAAACAAAAACAAAAUCCACAUACUUAACGUACGAAUGGCGAACGCGAACAGAGCACGUUUAAUAAUUCUAAAUAUAUAUCCAUAUGUAUAUGCGAUAGUUCUAUAUCUACCUAGAUAUACACUUAAAUAUAGAAAUUUAACGAAUGUUUUUAUGUUUCGUGUUUGUUUUCUGCACUUAGAAAACAAAUUCCGAUCGGAAUCAAGAUCAAGCCAAACUCGUGUCCCUUAAGCACACUCACACACUCACACACACAUACACACACACAGUGAAAACUGUAAAAAAUAUAUAGAAAACAUAUAGCAUGAUCGGAUCGAGAGGAAGUUAGCGAACGGAAAACAAAAGAAAUACAAUAAUUUAUGCGCAAAUUUGAAAAGUUUUACUAAAGUAAAUAAUUGUUAGUGAAUAUGAAUACUGUAAUUGUGCGAGUGUGUGUGUACGCAGGUGGGUGCAGGUUUAUAGCCGUCUAUGUACAGGCACGCGCUGUCGCAGGCACACACCUUAUAUACUUUAAAUAAUGAAUAGUUCAAGGAGCAAGUAGGCAUGAGUACUUGCUAAACCCAAACAUUUUUAGCGUUUAAUGAAAGCGUAGCACAAACCAAUACUAAAAACUAAAAACUAAAAACAAAAAAACGAAAAAACCAAAAAGGAAAGCAUCAACAACCAUUUUUUAUAUGACAAAAGUUUAAAAGAAAGUAAAAAAAAGAAAAACAAACGAAACGAAAACGAAAAAGAAAAAUGGGAAUUUGAAGGGUGUAAACUAAAGCAUUAGCAAAGCGAUUUCUCUAGCCAAGUAAGUUGACAAAGGACAGAAGGAGGAGGGUCAGGAUAUAGGACGAGGAUAUCUCCCAGCACAUCCUAAACAUAAGUUUCUCCAUGAACCCCCAUGUCCAAAAUCAAAAACUUUUGUGCAAUUUUGCGUUACUUUUCCGUUUGUUUAACUAUUAUUCCGUAUGUUUCUUUGCUUCUUUUGAUUGUUAAAGCGAGAGAGUGAGACACACACACAUUAGCCACACCAGACACACCAAGAACACACACAUAAGUACCAACAUAUAUGAUUUCGAUUCUGGAUUCAAUAUUACGUACUAGAUUUGAAUUAAGUUUUGUUUGGUUUCUUUGUUUGCUUUGUAUACGAAUUGAAUUUGACAAUAGGCUCCUGCAUCCAGUCCAUGAAACCUGUCAGACCCAACCAUGCAUAUUUAUACGAAUGAUUUGUGUUUGAUUUGUUUAUAAACUUAACCUAAGACGACACAGCCCCAACUACUUUUGAGUUAACUCUCCGAAUAUAGCAUAAAUUCCUAAGCUAAGUUACAGUGACAAGCAUUGAUCAGGCAGCAGAACAGGGCAGGCCAGAGCAGGCCAGAACAGGGCAGAGCAGAGCCAAGAAAGCGAAAUAGAAAUUGAUUAUACUUUGAUUAUUAUUACGAUACCUAGCGCUAUGUGUAAUCAGAUAUAUGUAUGUCUUAGCAUAUAUAUCUAUAAAUAUAAUUAUUUUUUUGUAUAACUAUAGGCCAACAAAGAAUUCUUUUUUGUUUGAACAAAAUUCGCAACACGAACUCUAGUCAGAAGAUGGAAAAGAAGAAGAUUACCUUGAGGAGGAGAUAAGUUUUGAGGCGCCGCAAUAGGGAGGAGUGUUAGAUCAAAACCAAAAGAACUAUGGCAAUUUCUAGCUAAUAAAAACCAGAUGACAGUUUCCUUUCCUUUUCCAAAGAUUUGGCCCCUCGAAACAGUUGAGAAGAGAAGCAAAAGAGAAAAUUAACAAGAAAAUUAAAAAGAAAAAGAAUGAGAAAAGCAAGCAAAGGAAAUAUCCCACGACAUGGACUUUCUGCUUUUUCGAAUAAAUUUGAAAUACAUUAUAUACAAUCUGCUAGUUUAUUUAUACAACCACACGCAAAAAGAAAGAAAGAAAAACACACAGGAGGAAGUCCUCCUGUGGAAUGAAGAUUAUGUACUUGAUUUUGUUUAAUUUAUAUUUCUGUCAUCCCAUAAUCUCACUCACAGCAAACACCCCCAACCCACACAGACAACACACGCAUAUAUCUAAAUGUAUAUUCGAUAUUUAAUUUAAUUAACUAAUUCUUUAAUCUAUAUAUAUAUAUAUACUUAUAUUUUUUGUCAUCGAUGAUCUAUUGAUUGUAUUAAUUAUAAUUCUUGUGCAAUAGUUUUAAAAUGCAACUAACGGCAGACCAGCAGCAACAACAAUUUUCAAGCAUCUCAAACUAUAAAUUACAAAUUAUAAUUUUAUUAAGCGAGAAAUGAGUAACGAAAGUAAUACGCUAAUGUAACUUGAAAGUAUCAUUAUUUGAUAUAACUCCGUAAACGAGAAACAAACGCAAGCCACAGCAACUAGAAAAAGAAAUUUAACAAAAUAUACAACAAUUAUUUUUUAAGCUAAUUCGAUAUGUAUCUCGAGUACAUAUACUUUAUAUCUCAUCAUUUUUCUUCACCUAUUUAAGUAAGCAAAGAACGAAAACAGAAACGGAACCGGAAACGGAAACGGAAACGAAACAACAAACAACAUUAUUUAUUGUAUUUUUAUAAUUACGAAAUUUAAUUUAAUUCUAUUUGAAUUGAACAUCCUUUGGUUUCGAACAAAGCGAAGAUGAACAAGAAGAUUAUGACGAAGAAUUAGUCUAAUUAUACACUGAGAUAAAAAUAUAUAUAUAUAUAUUUAGAGAGAGAGAGGGAGAGAUCUAGAUCUAGAUCUUGAUCUUGAUCUUCUCUCUCCUCAGAAUCUCCCCCUUUCUUAAUAUCUCUCUAUUUACCCCAAAGUUUGGUUUAAUUUUAAUUUUGUACCUUGUAUUUUGUAUUUGAUUUCGUUAACCAACCAUUUUGAUUUGAUUUCAGCAACCACCUUUUAUGUUUUAGUUUUAACUUAUGAUUUUACGCUAUAUCCAUUUGAUCUGUCACAGACACAGUAAAGGACACGACGACACAGCGGUUCUAGUUGAUAUCUUAGCUAUACUCGUAAACAAUCUGUCUGAAUGUUACCAUGUAAAGCCACGUUAGCUGAUCGCUUUCUGUGAGUCCCAUCGAAUGAAUAUUAUUAUAAUUAUGUUUAUUAUUAUUUAGUAUGGUUUAUUUCCUUUCUUUGAUUUUGUGUAUUUUGCUUUUUGAUCGCGAGUUACGCCACAAUUCAUGUUUCCUCUUAUGAUUUCAUUUGAUUUCCGCACCAAACAACAAGUAAAAAAAAAUACACGGAGAAAAAAUUUACUUUCAAUAAAAAACACUUGAU